CGCAUUAUCUCAUCUGUUUUCUUCCACCAUGAUAAUUGCUAGCACAUUGCUAGUGUUCGCCAACGCACAGCAUGGAGGCAUCCUGAUUCUUCUGAUGAGGAACGGAGUACGGAGCGCCGACGUCAAGGCACUGUCGAGGCACGCACAAAAACGCACCGUCAAUUCACUGUUAGUCGAACUUCGCACUUUGAUCCGUAUUCUACACCUGGCACAUGCACAGCUCUCUUCCGCACGCACGCUUUCUCUUGCCUGGGAUGCUGAAUUAAGGCAGAGAAACCAAACAUUUAUGUUUUUUAUAAAACAUACGGUCUAGUACUAUUUGCUUAUCACAAUGAGAAUUCUUGCCUUUGUGAAGCAAUGGUUGGUGGUACACCUUUUGUUUGCCAUCACAUUUUUUACAUCCGGCUUAAUAAUAAAUUUCUUCCAAUGCAUUUUAUACCUUGGACUGAAGCCCUUUUCUAAGUACUUCUAUCGCAAGAUCAACUAUUAUCUCUGCUAUUCCUUUUACUGUCAAUUAGUAUUUAUGGCAGAAUGGUGGGCAGAAUCAGACCUGGUAUUAUACAUAGAUAAGGAGGACUUUGAUAAAUAUUUCGGUAAUGAACAUGGCUACCUUCUGAUGAAUCAUAGUUAUGAAACCGAUUGGUUGAUAGGUUGGCUACUAUGUGAUCGCGUGAGAUUGCUAGGUAACUGUAAAGCUUAUGCUAAGAAGUCGAUACAAUAUAUACCUUCACUAGGAUGGGCAUGGAAAUUCGCUGAGAGUAUCUUCCUUGAGAGAAGUUGGGAGAAAGAUAAAGAGAAUAUUAAACAUCAAAUCAAGGAGCUUGUUGAGUAUCCUGACACAAUGUGGUUGCUGCUCUAUCCCGAGGGUACGCGCUUUACGCCGAAAAAGCUAGAAGCUAGUCAGAAGUUUGCCACCGAAAAAGGUCUGCCAGUAUUAAAAUAUCAUUUAACGCCACGCACAAAGGGCUUUACCGCCAGUAUUCCACAUAUGAGAGGCAAAGCAACGGCCAUAUAUGAUAUUCAGAUAGCAUUCAAGCCAUCUGAUCCCGUGAAACCAACUAUGAAGAAUCUCCUUUUGGGAAAACGAGUAGAAGGACAUAUGUAUGCUAAAAGAAUUCCAAUCGAGGAAGUACCGGAAGGAGACGAAGCCGCUGCUGAAUGGCUGCAGACGCUUUAUCAGCAAAAGGACCGUAUGACGGAGAGCUUCUAUAAGACCGGUGAUUUUUUUGCUACGAGCGGAGUACCUAGGAUAGGUUCGUUCAUGCUAAAAAGAAGAUACUAUUCCCUUAUUAACACCAUUUGCUGGGCGAUAGUUGUUCUUGUACCAAUGCUAUAUUACCUCCUAAGGCUCCUGCUAUCUGGUUCGAUCUUUGGUAUUACUAUCGCGGUCGGGGUUAUCUUUGUAUUUUAUGCGCUAAUGUACAAAACUCUCGGAAUGUCGGAAAUAAGCAAGAGUUCAUCGUAUGGUACGGAGCACACGAAAAAGGACAAAUAAUUUAAAAAAAAAAAAAAAAAAAAUGAGAGAUGGCUC